UUUUUGGGACAUUUAUAGAUGACAGUGAAGAGAUAGCACCUGUGUGGUUCAUUUCUCCCCAUGCCUAGUAAUGGGACGUUUCUCCAACGUUUUAAUUAAUUGCGUCCUACUACUGUGCCUGGGAACGAUCCUCGGUUUCUUCCUCAUCUCGUACCAGCUCGAUAACGAUCAAGUGGAAAGCGUGAAUGGAUUCUUCAAAACACGGUAUUUCUUCUUCCGGGACUGGAUUUCCUCAUUAGCAGAGGUUCAGACGGAGAAAUGGGACGAAGGGGAGCUGCUUGCGAGAAUCGUGGAGAAUAAAGAAAUAAUUUUGGGGAAUGAUACCCGGCUUCUGCAAUACAUCAGGGACCAUGUUCUUAUUCCACCUUUAUCCAGGAAUGUCCCUUAUGACCUUGAAGAUCCCGAAAAGCAUCACUACUCCCAGACAGGCGGUCAAACUCGUUACAUCAUGAAAUCAUUUGAAAAUUUUAUCGGAGGAUUCUUCAUCGAAGCAGGAGCCUAUGGUGGGGAGCGUUUUUCUGAUACUCUCUGGCUCGAAAAGGAGAAAGAUUGGACUGGUCUUCUCAUUGAACCAGAAUCGGACAAUUUUGAAACAUUGAAACGAAAGCAGAGAAAAGCGUGGCUGGCGCAUUCCUGCCUCAGUCCUAACCCUUAUCCCCAAAUGGAGAUUUGUUGGACGAACGCCUACUCUAGCAUGCAUAUUGACAAUCGAGUUCACCAUGUGAUCUCAGGAACUAUUGGCACAGUGCAACACAGAUUGCCACGCACUGUCUUUCGUAAUUUUUGGAACAACCGGCGGAAGGAACCGUAUGCA